AUGUCAACACACAAACAAACGUGCGUGGUGGUCGGCCAAGACGACAAAGAACCGAUCGCGAACGCGGCGAGAUUCGUGUACACGAUUGCCCACGGGGGCGAUUACCAAAAAGACUGGAAAGAAGACGACGAGAGUACUACGACUAAGAAAACGGCAAAGGAGGCGGAGAAACACGCGGAGGAGUGCUCGAAGUUACCGAUGGAUUGCCAGUUAAUUGGAAAGUUGUUGGAGAACAACGAUAAGUUGUUCAGCGAUGCGAAAGCGCAGGACGUGGAGACGGUGUUUAUCAUCGCCGCCACGGUCGCGGAAAGAUUUGAAGUGGAAACGGAGAGAAAGAAAGCGUUCGAUAUGAUCGCAGAGAAGGCGAUGGAGAGCGCGACGUCGAAAGUGGAGUCGAGAUCGAGAAUUUUGAUGCAGUUAUACAACCUGGCGAGCGAUUUAGAGACGAAGUUUAAGUUGUUUUGUCGAAUAAUCGAAUACGUGAAAAAAGCAAACAUGGAACACGUGGUGGGAACUUUAGUCGGACACGUGGAGGAGUCCAUGGAGGAGUGGAAACAGAUGAAUAAUAACAACGGGUCGGAGAGAAACGUGUAUUUAGAGAUUGCGAAUUUAUUGAGCGGUAUGGGUGGUAAAGAGGAGAAGGCGAUGGAGUUUAUGUUGAAAUAUUUGGCAACGUUUGAAAACAGCGAAAGCGCUCUCGGAGAAUCUUCAGCGGCGGCCAAAGAUGCCAUCGCGAGUUUCAUCCGCUUGAAAACAAGCUUUAGCUGCGAUUUGCUGGAUUAUAAAGCCAUUCAAGCGUUGAAAUCGUCCAACGGGAAGGUGUUUGAGUUGUUGGAAAUAUUUUUAACGAAAGACGUUUCGGAUUACUUGGCGUUUGCGAAGAGCAACGGGGCAGUUUUGAAAGAUCUCGGUCUGAACGAGGAGGAAACGCUGACGAAAAUGCGAUUAAUGUCGUUAGGUGGCAUUCGAAACGGUGGGGGUGAAGUCUCGUACAAAGAAAUUUGCGACAAGUUGAAGAUUGACUCGAAAGAAUGCGAAGAGUGGGUUGUUCGCGGCAUCUCUUCCGGUUUAGUAGACGCAAAAUUGGAUCAAGUCAGAGAGGUAUGCAUAAUCACUCGAGCCACGCAAAGAGUGUUUGGGAGGGACCAAUGGAGCGAGUUGAAAAAUAGCCUGUCGAAUUGGUCGGAAAACCUUCAAUCCAUGAAGACGUUGCUGUCGACCAGUGAGGAUAUUUCAACCAUUAGCGCUCUUUAA